AUGUUGCACUUGCUUUUGAGCCUUGUGGUGUUGCUGGCAAUUGUCGGAUCAUGUUUGAUAUUGCCCUUCUUAACGUUUAUACAAUAUCCCAAACGAAAUAGAUUUCAAUUGAAACAAGUACAGAGAGAUGUUUCAUUUUCAUUCCGCAUGCUUAUUCAAUUCAGAAGAAUUGUUUUAUUUAUUAUGGAUUCAUUGGUACAUCAAAUACAUGCGAGAUUUACAAUGCGGCCGACAUUUAAACCAGAAUAUGGAAAGCAUAUGAACUCAUCGGCACAAGUUGAAAUUGUAAAGCCAUCCGUGAGUGACCACCGAAAAUUUAGUUUAUUAUCUCCCUUUGAUGUUGCAUUUCCACCUUCUUUUUAUUGCUUCUUUUUCGAAGGAUAUUUGGAUAGAGAUGCAUUUUUACGAGCAAUGUCAAAAGUACUUGACGUGGUUCCUUCAUUGGGUGGUAGAGUGAUUCAGUUUCACUCCUUGCAUGAAAUUACCACAAAAGCAGAGGAGUGGUUCAAUGGAUUGGAAAAAUUAGAAAAAGAAGUGAUAAAAACGAGAUUACAUGUAGGACGGAAGCCAGUACCAGUGUUUGAUUUGAGAAAUGUUCAACUUGAAGUGGCGUUUGUCGACGAUGACACUAUCCAAACUAAUGAAACAGGACUUUUGAGCGCUACUGAACUAGCUAAACAUCUUUCAAUUCUAGGAUCGUUCAUGACCAUUGGACCUGUUAAGGUAGUUCACUCUGAAGCUUCAGAACCUCUCACACGAUUCCAAGUGACAUAUUUACGAAAAUCUAACAAGACAGCCCUAACUUUAUUCAUGGACCAUGCUGUUGGAGACGCGGCAUCGGUAUCCAUGGUCAUGAAGUUACUUGGAGAUGAAAUGUCAUCGAGGAAUGCUCAAUCACAAGCAGAAAAAAAGAAAGAGUUGCCGAUUCAAAAUGCAACAUCCUUUUUUAAAUACGUAUAUAAUAGAGAAGAUGAGAAAAUUGAUGACUUUGCAUAUUCUUAUUAUGAUCCAACUGCAUGUUAUUCUUUCUUUAGAGCUGAAGUUGUCAAAUAUUUGGAAAAUAUGAAGAAAAAUAAUUCGAAAAUUAUCUCCAAGGAAGUGACUGUCACAAAAAGACAAUUAGAUCAAUUGAAGAAAAGAGUUACUUCAGAAAAUAAGGAAUUAGAAGGAGCCAAGCUCACUAGCAAUGAAAUUUUGUCUGCCAUUCUUCUAAAAUCCCUUGCAAUAGGAGACAAGCAAAAUAGAUUUCGCAAUGAAAAAUUACUUACCUUACGUUACGUAGCAACCUGUCGAGAAAGAUGUGAUUUUAUUGCAAGUAAUUAUUUUGGUAAUGCAUUUGGAUUUAUCUUUAACAGUAGAACAAAGAAGCAACUAUCUGAGGCAAAAAUCAGUGACAUUGUUCUCUACUUGAAGCAAGUUGCAUUGAGAACUGUAGAUCAUCAUUCUUACUGGGAGGGAAAAAUUGAGGAAAUGUGUCAACGAUAUUUUGAUCCAUUACAAGUCGAUUUUGGUUUUCCAGCAUUUGAAGGUAAUGACAACUAUAUGGGCAUCACCAAUUGGGUGAAACCAAUGAGUUCUAUUGCCGAACAUUUUAGUGACAAGUCCUUCCUUGGUGUCAGUACUCUGUGUAUGCCUUUUCCUCACGUUAACAAGAUUUUACCUGCCUCAACAAUGUCUACUGAUGGAGGUUUAAGGCUGGUUUUGUCCCUCUACGAACCUGAAUAUUUAUACUUUAUUAGCGAAAUUUCCAAGUAG